GAGAUCAUGACUUCUGUCAAAGAGCAGGAAGCCAUCCGGAAGCUCAUGGUUUUCUUGCAGGAAUGGGACAGUGCUCACAAAGUUGCUCGAAGCCGCGUCCUUGACAACUUCAUUAAAAGCAAUAACGGCAAGACAGAACCAGAGCUAGAGCUGGAGUUCUCUCAGGGAGCCAGCUUGUUUCUGGCUCGCCUAACGGCAUGGCUCAGGAUGACCUACAUGUACAGCACAUGCCUCAACAAGCUGCUCAAGUCCAUUGGCAUCUUCUUAUCUGCUGCAAGUGGACGCAGAUACCUUAUUGAAUUUCUGGAAAUUGGAGGUGUCUUGAUUCUCCUGGAAAUACUAGGGCUGAACCACCUGAAAGAAGAGGACAAAAGGGAGUCUGUAAAGCUGCUGCAGCUCGUCGCAGACGCUGGCAGGAAGUAUAAGGAGCUCAUUUGUGAAAGCUACGGGGUGCGAUCCCUCGCCGGGUUCUUGGCCACUUCCAGCUCAGCAGAGGCUCUAGAAGACGUGCAGGUCCUGCUGGCAUCUCUGGGCCGCGGCAAUCCCAAGUACCAGAACCAAGUCUACAAAGGCCUCGUUGCUGUGCUGCCGUGUGCCUCCCCGCGAGCCCAGCAGCUGGCUCUGCAGGCGCUUGGGGCCACGCAGGACACUGUGGGAGAGGCACCCUCCAUCCUCGUGGAGCCCGUGCUGGAUGUGCUGUGCUCGGUGCACCUGGAGGUCCAGUCCGAAG